GGCCAGCAAUUUGAGAGAAAAGGGGACCGAAACCUGCUUCCUCUUCUGUCAACCCCGCCACAAGUGCGCUUAGGUUUCUCAUCAAUACCUACUUACCGUUUUGGCGUGUUCAGUACCUGCUGGAUCAAGGCCGGCACUGAGAUGGGUCCCUACAUCGGUCGAGUAGUACAGUGCUGUGAGAUCAAUAUGCGGAUACCGAACGAAACCAUGUGGGAGGUUUUCGACGAGAGUGGAGAAAUCUUGUAUUUUCUGGAAACCGACCACAGUACACCUUCUUCGUGGCUCUCUUAUAUCAAUUGUGCCCGGAAUGACCAAGAGCAAAAUUUGGAAAUCUACCAGUCCGGCAGAGAAAUAUAUUACAGAGCUUUAAAGGAUAUACCGCCUGACCAAGAACUGUUGGUGUGGUACAGCUCCAGACAAGAUGCCUACAUGGGAAUUCCCGGAAUGACGUCAUUCAGUAACAGUGAAUAUGUCAAAUGGAAAGCAGAAUCUGUUAACCGAAACUGCAAAACGACUCAGCAUUCCGUACAGUCACAAGUUACUCAACAAAAUCCACAAUGGAACCAUUCAGAUGGUAACAGGACAUCUUCGAAUUCUUUGCCAACCCUCGGCACACGAUUACAUUGUGUUUUGUGUCGGAGAGGUUUCAAUUCCAGGAGCAACCUACGUUCACAUAUGCGCAUCCAUACUCUAGAGAAACCGUUUGUUUGCAAAUUUUGCAACCGUAGCUUCAGUCAGUCGUCGACAUUACGGAACCACACACGACUUCAUACAGGUGAGAAGCCUUAUCGUUGUACAGUGUGCCAGAGUUCAUAUUCACAGUUAGCAGGACUGAGAGCCCAUCAGAGGAGUUCUCGUCACAGGCCACACUCCGAUGAAUCAUUUAACAACAGUUCUUACCAUAAGCAGAGGCCCGUUGUCGGACUGACGUCUUCAUCGUCGUCGUCGUCGCCGUCAUCAACAACAACAACAGCAACACAGAAUAAUCCUCCAUAAAUAUUGCAGUUGGAAAAACA